AUGAAAAUGGCAUCGAAAAGGAAAACUGACGAAAAAAUGGACAGUGGCAAGCCCAGUAAAGUACAGAAAUUUACGGGACAUUGGAGCCAAGGUCUAUUGACAUCCAUGGACGACCCUGAACUAGUAGUGAAAAGUGAUGACAGAGCAGUAAUCAUUAAAGAUAAAUACCCAAAGGCCAAACAUCAUUUUCUUGUUCUACCAAAGGAAACCUUACCAAAUUUGAAAAGUCUGAAGCCAGAACAUGUGGAUCUUUUGGAACACUUGGAGAAAAUGGCUCGACAUCUGGUGGACACGACAGACAAAACAUUAAAAUUCAGAUAUGGCUACCAUGCUGUUCCAAGUAUGAGCCAUUUACAUCUGCAUGCAAUCAGCCAGGACUUUGAUAGCCCAUGCUUGAAGACCAAGAAACACUGGAAUUCCUUCACUACGGAAUAUUUUGUUGAUUCUAAAGAUGUAAUUGAGAGACUUAAAAAGCACGGAAAAGUAGAAUAUGAUAUCAAAGAAAAUACAGCCUUGCUGAAUAAUGACUUAAGAUGCCAUGUGUGUGGAAGUGCUCAGAAAAACAUGCCAGCAUUGAAGACGCACAUCAAAUGUCACAGUUAUAAGGUGGAAUCCUGAAGCAAAUAUGUGAAGUAUUGACUUCUACGUUCAAAGAGCCUGGGGAUGCAUUUCAUGUAAAGGUUGAUGUUAUUGAAGUUGUGCUGAUCGUACUUAAAGGAAAACUAAUGCAUUAAAUACUCUGUCUACGCCAUCAGUAAAUGUUUUCAUAGACUUGCAUUUGUUCUAACAAUAGUGAUACAAUAAAAGUGCUGGACCAACGCUGAAACUUUUCUGACAACAAUUACACGAAAUAAAAAGCGCUGAUACAAGGAA